AUGUAUGACAAUAAUGAAGAUGAUGAUGAUGGUGAUGAUGAUGAUGAUGAUGGUGAUGAUGAUGAUGAUGACGAUGAUUUGGAUGCUGAUAAUGAUUUGGAUGAUGAUGAUGAUGAUGAUGAUGCUUUGGAUGAUGAUGAUGAUGCUUUGGAUGAUGAUGAUGAAGAUAACGAUGACGAUGACGAUAAUCGAUGCUGUAUUUAA